AUGACAAAGGAUCACCAGCCGUGCUGUGCUGUGCUGCGACUUUGCGACAAACCCUUUUGCUGUUUUGCCGCCGUGUCCAUAGGGAGGUACGGACUAUGCUAUGCUGUACGGCUUGGCUUCACCAUGGAUGCCCUCGUCACGACCGACCAAUACAUGAAUUCACGCAAGCACAAUGUCCCUCCUCUCAUCACCCAUCCCCCGCUACAUCGUCCCAUCGCUUUGUAA